CUGGCGGCGGAUUCUGCGCAUUGACCGAGCCCCCCUGUAUAUGUGUGUGUGUGUGUGUGUGUGUGUGUGUAUAUCAGCCUGCAAAGGAGCACUCGGGCAACCCGGCCGCCGAAACAACAGCAGCAACACCAGCACCAGAAGCAAUCAAGCAAGCAGGCAGCGACCGCCUCUGGAAGCGGGCAUGGCUUCAGGAGACCUAUACGAGGUGGAGAAGAUUGUCGACAAAAGGAAAAAUAAGAAGGGGAAGUGGGAGUACCUCAUACGAUGGAAAGGCUACGGAAGUAAUGAAGACACUUGGGAACCAGAGCAUCACCUCCUUCACUGUGAAGAAUUUAUUGAUGAGUUCAAUGGACUCAACGCUUCCAAAGAAAAGCGAACUAAAUCAGGGAAACGGGGAAAUAGCCCAAGACAGGUCUUGAGGGACAAUCAUGGAACUGUUCCAUUGAGAGCCUAUGAAUCCACCAAGGGGAAAGGGGGAGGCUUACGAAAAAAGCGGACUAAUAACACACAUCAAAAGCAAAAACGGGGUUCCAUGGCGAGAGAUGGAAAGCACGGUCCUGGGGAUAACAAGAAAAUCAUAGCUACUAAAACUGUGCAUUACAGAACCACUGCGAGCGGGGUGCAGAUAAUGCCUUACAGAAAGACUGAUAACUCGUUUCAGAACGGCGACGCUAGACACAGCAAAAAUGCGUUACAGUUUGACAAUACCUCAAGGCAACAGAGAAUGAAUGUGGAUUUGGGAAAGCCCGACUUUGCAGAAGAUGGAACAACUGACGACCCUCCUAUAGUAAAUGGAAUAGAGGUGAUUUCACUUCCAGGCAUUUCAAAUGGACAAACCAGUUUAUCAUGCUCAGUGAAGAGGAAACUGGUGGAGGAGAAGGAUGACUAUGUGUUUGACAAACGCCUCAGAUGCAGCGUUCGACAAAAUGAAAGCAACUAUCGAUUCAGGGAUAUUGUUGUUCGGAAACAAGAUGGCUUUACCCAUGUUUUACUCUCCAGCCAAACCUCAGACAACAAUUCAUUAACACCUGAGAUUAUGAAGGAGGUGCGGAGGGCACUUGGUAAUGCAUCAGCCGAUGACAGCAAGCUGCUUCUGCUUAGUGCAGUAGGGAGCGUGUUCUGCAGUGGCCUCGACUACUCCUACCUAAUUGGCAGGUUAUCCAGUGACAGGAGGAAAGAGAGCGCCCGGAUUGCAGAAGCAAUAAGAGACUUUGUGAAUGCCUUCAUUCAGUUUAAGAAGCCCAUUGUGGUGGCAGUCAAUGGACCAGCUCUGGGACUGGGAGCCUCUAUACUUCCGCUCUGUGACAUUGUGUGGGCCAGUGAAAAAGCCUGGUUUCAGACUCCGUACGCAACCAUACGAUUAACACCAGCUGGAUGUUCUUCAUAUACCUUUCCACAGAUAAUGGGAGUUGCUCUUGCAAACGAAAUGCUGUUUUGUGGGAGAAAACUAACGGCACAGGAAGCCUGCAGCAGGGGACUGGUGUCUCAAGUCUUCUGGCCAACCACAUUCAGCCAAGAAGUUAUGUUGCGGGUGAAAGAGAUGGCAUCAUGCAGCGCAGUGGUACUGGAAGAAUCGAAGUGUCUGGUGCGCAGCUUCCUCAAAACUGCCCUGGAACAGGUGAAUGAAAGGGAAUGUCAGAUGUUGAAGCAGCUGUGGAGUUCCUCCAAAGGAUUGGAUUCAUUGUUUAGCUACCUGCAGGAAAAGAUCUAUGAGGUCUGAAGCCACUGUUACACUUGAACCUGCUGUCCAUUAUUCCAGUCUGUGGAAGGAGUCAAUGGGCUUAAUAACUGAUGUUAACGAGUCCCAUGCUUAAGCAGAUGGGCUUAAUGUUACAAAUUGGCCAGCAAAUGUCUUUGAAACAUGAUAAAUACUGAACCGAUCUGUCAGAGAUGCCCAAGUGGGUAUAUGUUAGAUGCACCUCUGCAUGCAUUUUCAGCUAUUUUGAUGCUCAUUGUCAAAUAAUGCCAUGUGAUUUCUUUUCUUAAAAGCUGGCCUUAAGAGUCCCAGUAUCGUUCCAUCUCAAACCAACCAGACCCAUUUGCCCAAUUUACAACGAAUGUUGCGUUUAUGAAUAACACUUUGAUGAAUGAGUCAUAAUUAAUCCCUUUACUUCUGAACUCACAGCACAAGAAAGAGUUGUUAUGUAAUAUGUCAAGGUUGUAUAUUUAGACUCAUUUUGCAAUUGAUUUAGUUAGCAGAGGGUUAGCACUGGUUAAUCGGUAAUUCCUUCAUUAGGAUUGUAAGUAGCAAGUGAUAAAUGCAAUUCAUUGGUGUAGAUUUUCAGUACAACUUUUACCUGAUUAUUAAGCAAUCAGGAGAACACGCAGGAAGAAAUAACUUUAAAAUUGUGACAUUUUUAUUUAGUAACUUUUUAGAUAAUUAUUUUACAAAAGUUUCAAACUCUAGUUAAACAAUGGCAGAUUUUAUGUAUUUAUUAUUUCUUUCAGCUUUAACAAUAAGGUUUAAUGGAACAUUUUUUUCUUUCUGACUUUUACGAUCCUAGGUGUGAAUCUUACUGGGAGCGUUUUUUAAGUUUUAUUUUUGAAAUGAUCCCAACUACCUAAGUCAACCGUGUAAGAGAUCAUUGAUGCUGUUGAGUACAGCUCCGUCUUGAACCAUAAAAUAUACAAGCAGGGUCUGGAUACCAAAUAUAAUAUUUGUACAAUACAGAAGGAAUAUUCUGGUUGUGAAGUGCUUUUUUUCCCCCAAUCCUUAAUAUUUACCAAUAUCUUUCUGUUAUUGACUGCUGUCAUAUGACCAGCUCAAGGUCCAAAGCCAAUCAGUCAUAUUCCAUGCUCUAAGUCCUAAAGUAGUAGUGAGUUUUCAUUUCUUAUUUAUUUAAAGAAAUAUGCACUAAUCAGACACAGUGUAUGUGCUGUUGUUAAGUGACUCAGAGGAGUAUGUUACAAAGAAGAUAUGGGUUUUAUCUCACUAAAUUGAAAAGGGUUCAAUAAAUAUUUGUUGGUUAAAUUUUAGUUGUGCAAAAAUAGAUGGGUGUUUCUUAAUGCGAGAAUAGCCCAUACCUGGGUACUGGCACAAAUACAGUAUUUACAAACAUCAAAUGGGAAGCCACAUUGAAGGGGUUGAACACUCUAAAGCGUGUUCAUUGUAAACUGCUGUGUUUAAUUUUUUUAAAAUAUUCACUGGUAUCUACAGCUUGUAGAUAUGGGAUAAACUGUAUGCUGGUUCCAUGGAGAUGUACACUUGAUUUUCAUCUUUACUGAAGUUGCUUCUGUAACUACAUUGAUGAGUUUGACACACCAUAUCACCGAAAUAUGGCAAAAUUGCAAGACAAUAUAUAUUUUUUCAAAUGAUAAACUUUCUUUUUUAUAUCAUUACCCAAGACCUAUUGCUUUGCUUCUUUAGAGAGUCUUAUGUCCCGAAGUAGAUGUUUUUUUAUCAACUGCCUAUUUAACCUCAACGCUUUGUGCCAAUAUAUAUUGUUUUUGAUGUUUAUGAAACACUGUUUGCCCCAAUCUCAUGUUUUUUAAAAAAAACCUGCCCUGUGUUUGAAAAUUAACACACCAAGAAAAAAAGAAGCUGUUCAUAUUGUGGAUAUUUUUUGCCAAGUUCUGUUCUGUUCAAGACACAAAGAAUUUCAUGGGAGAACAUUAUCACAUCUCAGCCACGAGGAACAUUGAAGUUUACCUUUUGGAUAAUCGGUGUUACUGGUGAAGAAAACAGAAUGAAAGUGUACUUCAUCAACCAAGAGGAUCAGUCAUACCACAGCAACCUGUGGGGACUGAAUUGUAUAUGUGUCGGAAACUUGUUAAAUGUAUUUAUCCCACAGCAGAACACAAUGGGUUUUAAAAGUUUUUUUGUAAGCGGGGGCUGUGUUUAUUUAAAAAUUCUUAGCAAUCUGUUUUUGAUGUGGGCACCCUUUUUCUUACCGGAGAUAUAUUAUCUAUAUGUUCUAUAAACUACCAGGUAAUUCUGAUCUAUGUGAUGACUAACUUGUGUAAGUCAGAAACCUACACAGACUGUCUACUGCUUUUGUAAUUGGUGUACAGACACUUUUCUGGGUGCCUUAGAAGUUGUAUUUUUCAUGUGUGUUAAUAUAUUUAUAUAUUGUGGAAAAGCUGCUCCCAAUAAAAUAAUAUGAAAUUCA